CCCCCAGAAAAAGCUUCGAAAUCUGUUUGAAUUCACAUAGAGAGAGAGAGAGAGAGAGAGAGAGAUAGAAAGAGAGGAGUGAGAGAGAAUGGGAGCCACGAAGAUCUGGAACGCCAUGGAAAUAGCAGAGGAAGCUCGAGAGAAGAACGGCGGCAGCAGCAACUCAGAGAUCAUCUGCUCGUCUUCUCUCACUGUCGACCACACUCUCUCUCUUCCCCAAAUGACUCCUCGCAUCAUAGAGCUCUGUAAGGAUCUGUUUAAGAACUGGUCGGAAUUGGACAAUACACGCUUCUCCGUCGAGACUGUUUCUGGUGGCAUAACCAAUCUAUUACUGAAGGUCUCAAUAAGGGAAAAAAAUGGAAACAUUGUGAAUUUGACCGUUAGAUUGUACGGGCCCAAUACCGAAUAUGUCAUCAAUCGGGAACGGGAAUUGCAGGCCAUUCGGUACCUCUCAGCUGCAGGAUUUGGUGCCAAGUUGCUUGCAGUUUUUGGAAAUGGCAUGGUGCAAUCAUUUAUAACUGCUCGUACGUUAACUCCAUUAGACAUGAGAAGGCCAAAGCUGGCUGCUGAAAUUGCAAAGCAGCUUAGCAUAUUCCAUCAGGUGGAAAUACCUGGCUCAAAGGAACCUCAGCUGUGGAAUGACAUUUUCAAGUUCUUUCAGAAAGCAUCCGCUCUUGCAUUUGAUGAUGGUGAGAAACAAAGGAAGUAUGAGACAAUUUCAUUUGAAGAAGUUCAUACUGAAGUUAUUGAGCUCAAGGAAUUGACUGGCCGCCUUGAUGCUCCCGUGGUAUUUGCUCACAACGACUUACUUUCUGGAAAUCUGAUGCUCAAUGAUGAGGAGGAGAAGCUCUACCUCAUUGAUUUCGAGUAUGGGUCAUACAAUUACAGAGGGUUUGACAUUGGAAAUCACUUCAAUGAAUAUGCUGGCUAUGAUUGUGAUUACAGCUUAUAUCCGACUAAAGAUGAGCAGUAUCAUUUCUUGAGGCACUAUUUAGAACCCGAAAAUCCAGAAGAGGUAUCUGAAGAAGAUCUAGAAGCUCUCUAUAUCGAGACAAACACUUACAUGUUAGCUUCACACUUAUAUUGGGCUCUGUGGGCUCUAAUCCAGGCAAAGAUGUCUCCAAUAGAUUUCGAUUAUCUCAGUUACUUCUUUCUCCGUUACAAUGAAUACAAGAAACAGAAGGAGAACUGCUUCUCGCUUGCACAAUCUUAUCUCUCCAAAUCUAGAACCGGGUGAAAUACGUCUUUCUUUGAGUCCACUUGUAGAAUAAUCUCCUGCAGCCAUUUAGGAGAGAAAGAAGGUGGAAACAAUUUCGGAAUAUAAUCGUCACUCUUGGUAGAGAUAUUGGCAUUCUGUUGUAGUUUUGGUUGUAUUCGGUUAUUUGGUUAACAGUAAAUUUAUAACUUUGUUUCCGUUGUUGGAUGACGUUCUGUUCCAUUGGGGGAGUAAGAUCGUAUACCUAAAGGAGAUUUUGGGAAUAAGGAAAUUUUGUUUGUUGUAAUUGAGAAACUUUGCAUUUGGUCAAUGGUAUCUUUGCUUUCCUUUAAAGCUUAAUUUAAA